AUGAGAUUACGACCUGAACAUUAUCUAAUGCUUGAUAAAACCUUUGAGGAUCAAAGAGACUUGGUUAAAAAAUCUGUACUUCCACGAAUUACAAAUGCCUUAGACAAGGAAACAUUUCCAGUUGUCGAUAGUAUAAUCUAUAAGAUGCUACAUCGACGUUAUCAACAUCAAAGAGAUGAAUUUCUUAACAGCCAAAAGUCACCAACCGAAGUAGAAAAUAAUAAAAGAAGAAAACAUAAAAAUAGUCGUAGAGAUUCA